CGAGAAGUUCUCCCUCCCAGGGCCAGGUCACAGGGUUUGUUUCUGUUCAAUCCGGAUUUUUCCAGUAAAAGCUUCAACUUCCCACACUGAAGCUGAGAGCCUCCCAAAGUGCUGGCUACCUGCUGAGCGCCCCUGUAACUCUGACACAGUAGCAAUUUGAGCCUCUGCAAUUGCCGUCUGCUUCCUGUGAAAGUCCUUUCCGUGCCCACUGACCCUUGAGUGGGCCUUUCAGCUGCUGACUUUCAGCUGGAACUUGAAGGGCCAGCUCAACUUCUCUGACCAAGACUAUUUCUUCUUCCACGAGAGCCCUCCUCUUAUGCCAGCCAUUGACUAAGACACAUGCUGGGCCUGCAAGGGGACUGAACCAGAUCCUGUGCUCCAAGGGUCCAGACUUAUAAGCAAGUAAUUGUAGGACGUGGAGGCUCAGCUCAAUCUGGAAGCAGAAGCUACCAUGGAAACUGGCCUCGCUAAUCUGGGCACCUAGUUUUCUCAUCCAUUCCAUGAAGCAGCUGGGCCAGAUUAUUUUAUUCAACCUCUAGCAAGCAGGGACCCCCAACCCUGAGACACUAUGGCCCUGACCUCAGAGCUGGGGAAACAGAUAAAACUGAAAGAGGUGGAGGGGACCCUCCUGCAGCCUGCAACUGUGGACAACUGGAGCCAGAUCCAGAGCUUCGAGGCCAAACCAGAUGAUCUCCUCAUCUGCACCUACCCUAAAGCAGGGACAACGUGGAUUCAGGAAAUUGUCGAUAUGAUUGAACAGAAUGGGGACGUGGAGAAGUGCCAGCGAGCCAUCAUCCAACACCGCCAUCCUUUCAUUGAGUGGGCUCGGCCACCCCAACCUUCUGGUGUGGAAAAAGCCAAAGCAAUGCCCUCUCCACGGAUACUAAAGACUCACCUUUCCACUCAGCUGCUGCCGCCGUCUUUCUGGGAAAACAACUGCAAGUUCCUUUAUGUAGCUCGAAAUGCCAAAGACUGUAUGGUUUCCUACUACCAUUUCCAAAGGAUGAACCACAUGCUUCCUGACCCUGGUACCUGGGAAGAGUAUUUUGAAACCUUCAUCAAUGGAAAAGUGGUUUGGGGUUCCUGGUUUGACCAUGUGAAAGGAUGGUGGGAGAUGAAAGACAGACACCAGAUUCUCUUCCUAUUCUAUGAGGACAUAAAGAGGGACCCAAAGCAUGAAAUUCGAAAGGUGAUGCAGUUCAUGGGAAAGAACGUGGAUGAGACAGUGCUAGAUAAAAUUGUCCAGGAGACGUCAUUUGAGAAAAUGAAAGAAAAUCCCAUGACAAAUCGUUCUACAGUUUCCAAAUCUAUCAUGGACCAGUCAAUUUCCUCCUUCAUGAGAAAAGGAACUGUGGGGGAUUGGAAAAACCACUUCACUGUUGCCCAGAAUGAGAGGUUUGAUGAAAUCUAUAGAAAAAAGAUGGAAGGAACAGCCAUAAACUUCUGCAUGGAACUCUGAGCAAGAUGUAAAUAAAAUUAACAGGUGGAUGGCAAGAGUGCAAAUACUAUCUUCAGUCCUUCAGUCCCAGCCAGAAGAAUCUCUGAAAGCAUAUUGUGAAUGUAUACGAUGUAGUACAAAUGAUUUCUGUGAUGAUUAACAGUAUGUCACCACUUCAUUUUUAAAAAGGGAUCAUGUCUAAUGCCCAUUUUCCCAAGUAUUCUUUCCUAAGUAAGAUAUAAGAUAGAUUAAUAAACUAAGUAAAACAUA